GCCCUGGAUUCCACUUCCCCUCCGCUCGCGCUGCAGCGGCAGCUGCCUCCAGGCCCCGCGCCGCCUCCGGAGUCCAUGGCCGGAACGCGCUGGGUACUCGGGGCGCUGCUCCGGGGCUGCGGCUGUAACUGCAGCAGCUGCCGGCGCACCGGCGCCGCCUGUUUGCCCUUUUAUUCCGCCGCUGGCUCCUUCCCCUCGGGCGUUUCGGGCCGCCGCCGCCGGCUGCUGUUACUCGGGGCCGCUGCGGCCGCCGCCUCUCAGACGCGGGGCCUCCAGAUCGGGCCUGCGCCCGCCGGGAGACUGGCGGGCCCUCCACCUGCGGCCACCUCAGCGGCGGCCGCGGCCUCCGCCUCCUACCCGGCUCUACGCGCUCCUCUGCUACCGCAGUCGCUGGCGGCCGCCGCGCGGAGCUACAGCCAGGAGUCCAAAACUACCUACCUGGAGGACCUUCCACCACUCCCUGAGUAUGAAUUGGCCCCAUCCAAGUUAGGAGAGGAGGUAGAUGAUGUUUAUCUCAUUCGAGCUCAAGGAUUGCCUUGGUCAUGUACUGUGGAAGAUGUGCUUAACUUUUUCUCAGACUGCAGAAUCCGCAAUAGUGAGAAUGGAAUACAUUUCCUUUUAAAUAGAGAUGGGAAACGAAGGGGUGAUGCCUUAAUUGAAAUGGAGUCAGAGCAGGAUGUGCAGAAAGCCUUAGAAAAGCACCGCAUGUACAUGGGUCAGCGAUAUGUGGAAGUAUAUGAGAUAAAUAAUGAAGAUGUGGAUGCCUUAAUGAAGAGCCUACAGGUCAAGUCGUCACCUGUGGUGAAUGAUGGUGUAGUUCGUUUAAGAGGACUUCCUUAUAGUUGCAAUGAGAAAGAUAUCGUGGACUUCUUUGCAGGACUGAAUAUAGUGGACAUUACUUUUGUAAUGGACUAUAGAGGGAGAAGAAAAACAGGGGAAGCAUAUGUGCAGUUUGAAGAACCAGAAAUGGCCAACCAAGCCUUGUUGAAACACAGGGAAGAAAUUGGUAACAGGUAUAUAGAGAUAUUUCCAAGCAGAAGGAAUGAAGUUCGAACCCAUGUUGGCUCUCAUAAGGGAAAGAAAAUGGCAUCUUCUCCUACUGCUAAGUAUAUAACUGAGCCAGAAAUGGUGUUUGAAGAACAUGAAGUAAAUGAGGACAUUCGACCCAUGACAGGUUUUGAAAGUGAGAAGGAGAUAGAAUUGCCUAAGGAGAUGUCAGAAAAGCUUCCAGAAGCUGUUGAUUUUGGAACUACGCCUUCAUUGCAUUUUGUCCACAUGAGAGGAUUACCUUUUCAAGCUAAUGCCCAAGACAUUAUAAAUUUUUUUGCUCCCUUGAAGCCCGUGAGAAUCACCAUGGAAUACAGUUCCAAUGGAAAGGCUACUGGAGAAGCUGAUGUGCACUUCGAUACCCAUGAGGAUGCUGUUGCAGCUAUGCUCAAGGAUAGGUCCCAUGUUCAGCAUAGGUAUAUUGAACUGUUCCUGAAUUCAUGUCCAAAAGGAAAAUAAGACUUCCAGGGACUCCAGAUAGUAAGGAUGAAGCAAGAAGCAUUUCAUUUGCACAUCUUUCUUGGACAUGGGCUAUAAAGUUCUUGUUUAUUGGCAGAAACUGCUAGAGAACGGAUUUUGGGUUUGGGUUAAUGCUUCUAAGAAAAAUUCAUAGUGAACUAUUGAAGGAGAAAGAUUCAAUUUGGUGUUAUGAAAUAAACCACAAAUCUUAAAUUUUUGUUUAAACUGUUCAGGAUCUGAUUAAGAAAAUCUGAUUAAUUCUUUAUUUUAUAUAAUUAAGCAGUUUGUUUUUAUAGAGGAUAUGUUACCCAUUGUAAAGACUACAUAUUUUUAUUCAGUACUAUCUUUAAAAAAUCUUUUUCUCAUUUAAAAAAUAAUCUGUUUAAAGUUUUGAUUUUGCCUAUGAAUUGAGAGCUCUGAUGUAAAGCUUCUUAUGGAUGAAAUAAUGUUUUAUUGUAACCAAACACUCACCAAAGCAAGGAAAGGUUUCAGACCUUUAAACCACUAUGGUGUGGCAGAUAGUUUUAAUUUUAGCUAUAUUUGAUUAUUUAGAUAGGGGUAGUGAUUAAAAUAAAUAAAUACCACAGGUUAGUGAGUAUAAAUGACAAGUUGGCAGUUUUAUGUCUUUAGAAAUGUUUUGCCUUUCUAAACCUUGUGGUUAAAGGCAUUUAACAUUGGUGCCUGUCUGUUUAGGGGGAAGUCUAGUCUCAACUUAAAAGUUGAUCCCCCCCCCCUUUUUUUUUUGGUUUUGGGUAAACCUUAAGGGUGUUUCUUAGUCUUGAAACUGUAAAGUGAUAUGUCACAAUAGUCCAGACUUAUAAGGACAUUAAUGGCUUCACUUGAUUUAAACCAGCUCUAGACAGGUAAAAAAAUCUGUCUCCUCAUUUGCUUUUCAGUGCAGUAGCACAUCCCAUAUUUUAGAACAAGUAGGGGUGCCUUGCUUUAAAUAAAAAUAGCAUUUAAUGUAUAAUUGUGUGAAGGGUUUAUGGAUAAAGCUACAUCUGCCACAUUGUGGCAGUACCUUCUGCUUUAAUAUUAAACAGCUUGUUAUUUAAAUAUUGGACAAAAUGGCUGGCUUCAAAAUGUAGUCAUUAAUAAACUAACUUUAUGUGCACCUGUGUAGGAGAAUCAAAGUUCUGUAUACUUUCUUUGCCUUGUUCCUGUUCUCAGGGUGACAGCUGCCACCAGGAGAUGCAGUUAUAGUUCUUAAAAUUGAAUUUUCCCAGAUUUCAGAGAGGUGAUAUCUGGAAGAGAGAUGAUGUUUUCUCUCACUUAAUAUAUAAUCAUCUUUGAUUACCAGCUAAGAUACAAAAAUCACUGUACUGUAAGCAGUCAAUAAAUGGAGGCUCGCUUUAGGCUGAAGAUUACCUAAGAGUAUUUAUUAUUGGAGUAUGUGAGUCAGUUGCUUAUAUAUUUUAUUACAGCAAUUCCUGGUAUAUUAAUGUAAGAAGAAAUGAUUAAUUUUCAGUUGUAUUUUAAAAAAUUCUCCUGUAAGUACAUGACUUAAUCUAACAGAUGUACUACUCAGAUGGAAAUGUUUUCAUAUGUGGUUGAAUGUGCCAAGUUGUGAGAACUGGUGUCCGUACUUAUGUCAUUUGUUCAGGGUCUGAACAAUCCCAUUCAUAAUUGGUAUCUAAUUUUCUUUAGAAAAUUCCUGUAGAGUCUAUUGGGAUUGGGUUUAGUGAGGAAUUCAUUCAUUUGUACUUUGUCUUCAGCUAAUGAGUUUCAUUUGUGCUUUUUUGGGAAAAGAAUGAGAGCAAGAGCAUUAAAAUACUGUGUGAUGGGUAAACUUGAAGGAAUAUGUCUUCUUGCUUCACUAAAGACUGAGUUCUCAGUACAAAACAGGUUCAUUUUGGGGAAGUCACCAUAUGAAUUCAUAUAUUCUACUUAUUAGUUUUUGUUCAUAAUUUAGGCGAGUGAGUGACUGAUUGAUAAGGCAAAUGUAGUUAUUAGGAGAGGAGAAGAUCCACAUAACAGAAUAAAAGUCUUAUUCAUUCACAGGA